AAGCAAAUAAAAAACAAUGUGAACGUUUAUCGAAACGAAUUGAUGCUAUAACAGCACCACUGGAAUCAUUAACAACAAAUGAUGUUUAUUCUCAUCCAAAAUAUUCAGAAACUUUAACCAACUUAUUCGAAUGUAUUCAACAGUGUCAACAAUUUAUAGAAAAAUUCUGUGAUGAAAAAAAUUGGAUUAUACGUGUUAUUAAAAAGGAUAGUAAUCAAGAAAACUUUCAAGAAUUAAAUCAAUUAUUAUUACAAUAUUCAACAGAUUUACAAUUGAAUAUUAAUUUAUCAUUCAUAUUUGAUCGAGAACAAGAUACUAAAGAUUUAAAAUUUGAUCAUCAAGAUUUAAUUGAACGUUAUGAUCAAAUUUUUGAUAUGUAUCGAGAAUUAGUGUCGAAACAUGGUGAAAUUCUUGAACGUCUGGAUGAUUUAAAAUAUGAUUAUAAACACAAAUUAUUGAAAACAGAAUUAGAUAUAAAUAUGAAAUUAAUACCGUUGGAUGCAAUAGCAUUAGAUAAAAUUAUUAGUCACGGUAAGUUUAGUAUUGUUCAUCAUGGUCAUUGGCGUGAAAAUGAUAUAGCGGUGAAAUUUAUUCAUCCCGAUUUGACAUUAAAUGAAAGUAUGAGAAAAGAGAUUCUGAAUGAAAUAACAAUUAUGUAUAAAUUAGGUGGUUUUAAACAUAUUGUCAAUAUUCUUGGUGCUUGUAUGGAGAAUGGUAGAUAUGGCAUUGUGCAAGAAUAUAUGUCAGCUGGCUCAUUGUACGAUGUACUGAAACAACGAAAAUUAAUUACAACAUGGUCACAACGUUAUUCAAUCGCAUUGCAAAUGUCAAAAGCAAUUAAUUAUUUACAUAUGGAAAAACCGCAGAUAUUACAUUGCAACAUUAAAUCAGCCAAUUUUCUGUUAGAUU